ACUCAGCCUUCGUAAAGACGCACUGAGAGAGGAGGGUCCAGAAUGUGGUCCAAGAGUGGGUUUAAACUGUGCUACAUGUAGAACAACAUGAAGGAAAGUGUCACAGAAGACAGAAAGUUUAGGAGUUUUGAGUUUCAGUCUGCAAAUAUUAUAUAUAUAUAUAUAUAUAUAUAUAUAUAGACAUAUAGAUAUAUAUGUUCCAUACACAAACACAACACAACACAACACAACAACACUGCAUUAUUAUCAGAGUAGGGUGUUCCAUUAAGGGCCACUCUGAAACUGUUUGAUAAAUUAAGAGAAUUGUUAGAGUCAGCCAAAACGGGUCUGCCACUGUGGAUGCUUGGUUUGGGUGCCGACCUCUUGUGGGCCGACAUGAACCGUCUCCUUGCCUUCCUCUUCCACCAGGGAGUGUUGGAUGAGCAGUUCUUGCAGCUUCAGCAGCUGCAAGAUGAGACCACCCCAAACUUCGUAUCCGAGGUUGUCAACAUCUAUUUCCAUGAAUCAGAAAAGCUUCUCACCAAUCUCAGAGCUUUGCUCAUGGAGAGGGAGUUUUGGGACUAUAAGAAAAUGGGGAAUCAUUUGAAUCAGUUCAUGGGAAGCAGCUCCAGCAUUGGCGCCAAGAGAGUUAGAAACGUUUGCGUAGCCUUUCGUGCUGCUACUGAGCAGAAUAACCGUGCUGGUUGUUUGCGAGCGUUGGAGAUGCUGGAGCAUGAGUACUGUUAUCUCAAGAACAAAUUGCACGAAUUGUUUCAGAUUGAGCAGCAACGUGCUUUGGCUGCAGGAGUAAGGUACCCAGUGCAGGAUUAGUGAAAAAGAUGAAAAAUUUUUAGGUUAUUUUGGUUUUGUGUUCUUAUUGUUUUUCUGGUUUGGUAAGGGUAAGGGUUGGUCUUUCCGGUUUUAGACAAACCAAAGGAGGGUCAGCUUUUGUACUUGGUUGUGUAGGGAAAAGAAAAAAAGGAAUCACCGACUCUGUUGUUUAGAUUCUCUAAUGUACGUAGUGCCAUCAUGCUUGUGCUUCGCUGUAACCUGUUCACUUUUUUAGCCAAAGUGGAUCAAAUCUAUUGAAAGU